ACUUGCUGACACUGAGACUUCCUAGUGGUAGGCAAAAUGGCUUUUCAUUCUGUGUUUCUUGUUUUCUUAGCUGGCCUGGCAUUUGUCUCCGAAGCUGCACCACCGGUCUCUGCUGACUCCAAGCAUCCUCUUUUUAUAAAAAUCCUGGAUUCAGUGCGAGGAAGUCCAGCUGAAAAUGUUCCAGUUAAGUUAUAUAAAGAAGCUGCAGAUGGAUCUUGGGAACUGUUAAAUUCAAAACAAACCAAUGACAACGGAGAGUUCCAUGAGCUCACAACUAAGGAACAAUUUGUAGCAGGGAUAUACAAGAUUGAGCUUGACACAGCCUCUUACUGGAAGAGACUGGGCUUGAAUCCCUUCCAUCAUCAUGCUGAUGUGGUAUUCACAGCUAAUGACGCUGGUUAUCGACAUUACUCCAUUGCUGUUCUCCUCAGUCCCUUUUCUUACUCAACUACAGCAGUAGUUAGUGAGCCAGUGGAAUAGAAGCUGACAUUAAGCAUGAAAAUGUAGAUCUGUAAAUUAAAAUUCCCAUUAAUGAUAAGAACUUCGUUUCUGACUUUAUGAACAGCUUCAGAUUUUA